UUCCAGUGACAGCAGGCAUUAUUUUUGCACUGGACCCUGAAGUCCAGUCUGUAGUUCUGGUCUCUGCAUACCCUUUUGCUGAAUUCAUCUUUCUGGAUUUUUUUUCUUCCUUACUUACCAUACCUGGACUGACAUUAUUUGCCUGCACUAAGUGUGAACAGUGAACAGGUAGCAGGAUGUCUUUGCCCUUCUACCAAAAACGUCAUCAACACUAUGACCGUGGGUAUCGUAGCACAGAACUCCAGUCUACUAUGAGCCAAUACCAGCACCAAGAGAUGCGCCAGUCGGCGUCCCACAGCAGCCAACUGGGCCUGAAGUCAUCCCAUAGAAUGAUGGAGGAUAAAUCCCAGAAGUUGAGUCCCAUGGCAAAGAGAUCAAAAUAUUUGACUCUGCGUGAAGGCAAAGAGAAUGAAGAUGUUGACUAUGUGGUUCCUCUAUUCAGAGGACGUCAUGAAUAUGCCAGUGGAAUUACUGAUACUGAAGAGGAAAGAAUCAAAGAGGCGGCUGGUUAUGUUGCCCGAAGGAAACUGCUUUCAACUGGCGAAGGGAUUAGUGUAUCAAAGGCAUCUUCUGCAUCAUCCGCUCAUUCUGAGCAGUAUCAGAAAAAAUCACGGAGUGUUUUAAUACGAGAAAAAGCAGAGCAGUUGGCACUCAAAAAGACGAUAGAAGACACUGAAGAGUUCCACAGGAAGAUAAAUGAAGAUACACUUUUACAUGCACCUGUUUUUGUCAUCAAGCCUCGUUCCCAUACUAUCUGGGAGACCCAAAACAUCAAGUUUCACUGCACUGUCAGCGGAUGGCCAGAGCCGCGUGUUACUUGGUACAAAAACAAUGUGCCCAUUGAUGAUCAGGCUAAUCCGGAGAAAUACAAAAUUGAAAGUGCAUAUGGUCUACACUCAUUGGAGAUUUACAAAUGUGACUUUGAAGACACAGCUCAGUACCAUGCAUCAGCUAUGAAUGUCAAGGGGGAAAACUCAUCAUAUGCAUCUCUUGUGGUAAAGAGAUACAAAGGGGACUUAGAUGUUACACCUUUCCCUACUUUUACUGGGGCUCCAUACAGCUUUAGCAUCACUCCAUAUGGCUUUGCUUCGAAAUUUGACAUUCAUUUUAUGGACUCUUUUGGGGUGUCCUUUGGGAAAGAGGGUGAGACACUGAGCUUGGGGUCCGCAAUCAUUAUUCAUCCGACCAUCAAACGCUUCCAGCCAGAGAUCCAGUGGUAUCGAAAUGGUGUUUUGGUUUCCCCAUCCAAGUGGACCAACAUGCACUGGAGCGGUGAACGUGCCACUUUGACGCUUACCCACCUGAACAAAGAGGAUGAAGGCCUAUAUACUCUGAGAGCCGUUAUGGGAGACUAUUAUGAUCAAUACAGUGCUUAUGUAUUUGUUAGAGAUGCUGAACCCGAGGUAACAAAUGCCCCAGCUGCACCUCUGGACGUCGAGUGCCUUGAUGCCAACAAAGACUAUGUGAUCAUCUCAUGGAAACAGCCAGCAGUAGAUGGAGGCAGCCCAAUCCUGGGAUAUUUCAUUGACCGAUGUGAAGUUGGUACCAGCCACUGGACCCAGUGCAAUGACACACCUGUGAAAUUUGCCAGAUUCCCAGUUACUGGGUUGAUUGAGGGACGUUCGUACAUAUUCCGUGUGAGGGCUGUAAAUAAAUCUGGCAUUAGCAGACCAUCCCGGGUGUCCGAAGCUGUGGCUGCUCUGGAUCCAGCAGACCGAGCCAGGAUUAAAAGUCGUCCUUCAGCUCCUUGGACUGGGCAAAUCAUUGUAACCGAAGAAGAACCCACAGAAGGAGUCAUCCCUGGGCCACCAUCUGAUCUCACUGUUACUGAAGCCACCAAGAACUAUGUUGUACUAAGCUGGAAACCUCCUGGUCAACGUGGACAUGAAGGUGUCAUGUACUAUGUAGAGAAGUCCGUUGCAGGAACAGAUAACUGGCAGAGAGUAAACACAGAGAUCCCAGUAAAGUCUCCACGCUUUGCUCUAUUUGAUCUGGCCGAAGGAAAAUCCUAUAGCUUCCGUGUGCGUUCAUGUAAUUCUGCAGGAGUUGGUGAGCCCUCUGAGGCAACAGAGGCUACAGUGGUGGGUGAUAAGCUUGAUAUCCCCAAUCCUCCAAGUAAGAUUGUGCCCACAAGAAACACGGACACAUCAGUGGUUGUUACCUGGACAGAAUCGAAGGACGCCAGGGAGCUGGUGGGAUAUUACAUUGAAGCCAGCAUCGUAGGCUCUGGGCAGUGGGAACCAUGCAACAACAAUCCAGUGAAGGGCAAAAGAUUUAUUUGCCAUGGCCUCAUCACUGGCGAGCAGUACAUCUUCCGGGUCAGGGCUGUUAAUGCAGCCGGACUUAGCGACUACUCCUCAGACUCAGAAGCUAUUGAAGUCAAAGCUGCCAUUGGGGGAGGAUUGCCACAUGCUGCUCCUUCCCCACCCUAUGACAUCACUCUUCUUGAAAGUGUUCGUGAUUCCAUGGUUAUUGGAUGGAAACAGCCCAAAAUCACAGGAGGAGUGGACAUUCAAGGCUACUAUAUCAACUACCGUGAGGUCAUUGAUGGUGUACCUGAAAAGUGGCAUGAGGGCAACGUGAAACCUAUUAGCGACAGAGCAUAUAGGGUUUUGAAUUUGAAAGAAAACACUAUAUAUCAAUAUCAAGUAGCUGCUUGCAACCUGGCUGGGGUUGGAACACCAUCUCAACCAAGUAAACCAUAUAAGUGUGAAGAAUGGACCAUUGCUGUGCCAGGACCUCCACAUGAGCUCAAUGUAUCUGAAGUUAGGGGUGACUCAAUGGUUCUUCUGUGGAAGUCUCCAGUGUACACAGGACGCACACCAGUCACAGGGUUUUAUGUGGACAUUAAAGAGGCAGAUGCACCAGAAGAAACCUGGCGAGGUGUGAACACAAAGCCAACGACAAACACAUACAUGAAGAUCAGCAAUUUGGAGGACAGUGUCCGUUACGUGCUACGUGUUAGGGCAGCUAACCAGGCUGGUGUUGGCAAGACAUCUGAUGUGACAGAUCCCGUACUGGCACAGACCAAACCAGGUACUAAAGAGGUAGUCGUGGAGGUUGAUGAUAAUGGAGUUAUUUCUUUGAACUUUGAAUGUGACCAGCUAACUCCAGACUCCAAGUUUGUAUGGUCCAAGAACUAUGAGCCACUUGAAGAUUUAUCAAGAGUAGAUAUUGAGACCAAAGGCGACAGAACUAAGGUUACUUUCAAAGAUCCGUCAGAAGAAGACUUGGGUAUUUAUUCCUGUGUCGUUACAGAGACUGAUGGAGUUUCAUCCAGUUAUACAAUAGACGAAGAAGAGCUGAGACGUCUGCUACAACUCAGUCACGACAACAAAUUUCCAAUUAUUCCACUCAAGUCAGGCUUGGCUGUUGAGAUUCUGGAGAAGGGACAGGUUCGCUUUUGGAUGCAGGCUGAGAAACUAUCCCCUAAUGGCAAGGCUAACUUUGUGUUUAAUGACAAGGAAAUCCAUAACGGUGAAAAAUACAAAAUGAAUGUGGAUACUAAAACUGGCAUUGUGGAGAUGAUCAUGGACAAACUAGAAGAUGAAGAUGAAGGAACCUUUACGUUCCAGCUCCAAGAUGGAAAAGCCACCAACCAGUCCAGCCUGGUUUUGAUCGGAGAUGUGUUUGAUAAAUUGCAGAAGGAAGCAAGAUUCCAGAGACAUGAAUGGAUCCGCAAACAAGGUCCUCAUUUUGUAGAGUACCUUGGAUGGGAAGUAACACCUGAAUGCAAUGUGUUGUUGAAAAGCAAGGUUGCUAAUAUUAAGAAGGAAACUAAUAUUUCUUGGUAUAAAGAUGAGAUGGAGAUAAUGGUGGAUGAAAAGCAUGACUUCCAGGAUGGUGUAUGUACUUUACUGAUUACUGAGGUUACUAGGAAAGAUGCAGGAAUUUAUGAGGUGAUACUAAAAGAUGACAGAGGAAAGGACAAGAGUGUACUCAAGCUUGUGGAUUCAGCAUUUGACGAUCUCAUGACUGCCGUGUGCAAAAAGAUUGCCGAAUCAGCUACACAAGUCAAGAUCCAGAGCAAUGAAGAAGGCAUCAGAUUGUAUUCAUUCGUGAAUUAUUAUGUGGAUGAUCUAAAAGUCAGCUGGGGCCACAAUGAUUCAAAGAUAAAAUACACAGACAGAGUUAAAACAGGGGUCACCGGUGAAAUGAUUUGGCUACAGAUCAAUGAACCCACACCAAAUGACAAAGGCAAAUAUUUAAUGGAACUCUUUGAUGGGAAAACAACACAUACCAAAGAUGUUGAUCUGUCUGGACAAGCUUUUGAUGAAGCCUUUGCUGAAUUCCAGAGGCUAAAACAAGCAGCGAUUGCAGAAAAGAAUCGUGCAAGGGUAAUAGGAGGUUUGCCUGAUGUUGUCACCAUACAGGAAGGAAAGUCACUUAACCUUACCUGCAAUAUCUGGGGAGAUCCUGUUCCUGAAGUCACCUGGCUAAAGAAUGAGAGAGAACUGACUUCAGAUGCCAACUGCAUUCUGAAAUUCGAGUCUGGAAAAUAUGCAAGCUUCACUAUUCCCAUGGUCACCACCGGCGACUCGGGCAAAUACUGCAUUCGGGCAAAGAACAAAUAUGGCACUGAGACUAAUGAUUUUACUGUAAGUGUGUUUAAUCCAGAGAUUCACGAGGUUGAAGAGGAAACUCAGCCAGAUGCUAAGAAAAAAUGAAUAGAAAAGCAGAGGAAAUAGGGAGGUUAGGGUGAUGGAAAGUGGUAUACCUGUGUGCUUAAGUGAUUGAAAACUCCUUUAACCUACCUCACUUCUAGGGCGCAAUCACAAAUCAAUCUGGGCAGCUUUCAUGAACUGCCAUAACACAGGAAUAUUUAAGGUUAACAUAACUCUUCUCUAUGUGCGAGAAAAUGUAGUGUAUAUUUUUAUUUCAACCAUGCUGUUUAUAUACCAUAAUUGUGCAUUUGUGCCAACUUCUUAAGAUACCAAACAACCAGAGAUUAUUAGUAGUAUAACUGGGGGAUUCAUUCAGACUUUUUGUCCUAUGUUGUGUAACAUUUGUGAACCACAGCAGUCGAUGGUUGAACGAGAUUUUAGUUUAAUUAGAAAUGCCUUAUAAAUUAGUACAGGGCUGCCUUGCGACAAUUCCCCAUAUGGGUGUCAUAGACUGGUUUUCAAUCAUCACAGAUGGGGUUAUGCAAAAAAAAUAUUCUUCAAAUCUGCCCACAAUGGCUUUAACUGUGUCUGACUUCCCAAGAUAAACCCCACACUUAGUACCCCCUGCUUACAUCACUAACACUCCAAUAACAAAUUAAAUCCAUACGACAUCAUGUUAGAUAUAAGUGUGUAUCAUACAGAAGUCCAAGAAACAUUUAUCAUCUGUGUUUUUUGUAACAUUAACACUUCAGGUUAACAGCCUUUUGUUGUUAAGUCCCAAAACAUGCAAUAGCCUGUGGGCUGUCCUGCUAUGUUAUAUUUUAGCAGGACUUUACUAUCAACCCCCCGAAGAUAUCCUGGAAGGUCGUUACCACACAAAUUAAAAAAUGUAAGCCUUUAAAGGCCAGCAAUAAGAGCAAUUGAUAAUUGACCUGUCUGACACUGGGAUGGUUAAAUCCAAAUAAACUUUCUAGAAACAUGAGGUAGGUGAAAGGACUAGAAAUGUUCAAGGAUUAGUAAAAUGCUUGCUUAUUUAUUUGGAGAGAAGAGAUUGCUGGAUUAAAAUGAACCCUUAAAGCAAUGGAUGGGUGAAUAACUAUAUAUUAACCACCUAUCAGUCACUCAGUAAGGUUACUGGAGUUAAAUGACAUUGUACUGUACACUUACAUAGCUUUGUAAGAGAAAAGCACACUGCAAUACAACUAUUGUGCACUACAUCUUCAAUAAGUGUUACAUUUCAUUUGUGUUUAUUGCGAAGAUUGAAACCCCGUUGUAUGAGUCUUCUCACUGUUCACUAAUAAAUGAAGCACACAAUACCAUCUCUACCUCCA